GUCAAUUUUGACGAGGGUAAAUUAUUUCGUAAUUUAAGCAAUUCUUAUUUCUCUCACGUGUUCAGCUUGUCGGGCCUUUUCAACACUUGAUUAAUUAUCUUUAUAGUGCAUCAAAAAAUAUUAUUUAGAAAAUGAGCCGAUUACGCCAGUCUGGGACCGCCAUUCUCUUUUUAGUGGCCGUCCUGUUGUCUUACUCUGGCCCAGCCGAAGGCGGCCAAAACGCGAAAACAUUUCCGUCAACUCUGAACGACACCGGAAGUAAGUGGCAGACUCUUGAGGAAUUUGGGGAAGAAAGUAACGAGGAGAUGCGAAUGGUCGGCAGUGUCGUCGCUCAACGGAAUCAGUACCCCUACAUGGUAUCAUUGGGGCUUGAACGCAAUGGCCGCGUUUAUAAAUCCUGUGGUGGCUCACUAAUCAGCAUGAAUGAAAUCCUGACAGCUGCUCAUUGUGUCACCGAAAAAGGAUUUACAAAACUAAAAGACCCGGAGAAUUGGAUCGUUCUACUGGGCGCCCACGAACUGAGCGGAAGGCGGAACGACGCCCAACUGUCAAUCAAAGUCGUCAAAAUCAAAAUCCACGAGAAAUACAAUCCCAACAAUUAUUUCAACGACAUCGCCAUCCUAAUGCUGGGCCAUCACGUCAAGUUCACCGAAUCCAUCUCGCCCGUCUGUUUGCCUCCGGAUGGAUCCGCCGAUAGUUACGACGGCAGGGAGGUGUACGCCAAGGGCUGGGGACACACGCAAGAAAAAGGAACCGCCUCAGAUUUCCUUCGGCAUGUCACUAAAAUAGUUGUUCCUACCGAGACAUGCCGGCGAGUUUUCAAAUCCUUCGAGUACCAAGAUCACAUGAUGUGCGCUUACGAGCCCGGAAAAGGAACUUGCCAAGGCGAUAGUGGCGGUCCGCUCGUCGUCAAAUCGACUGGACCGAAAUGCAAAUAUGAACAAGUUGGGAUCGUCAGCUGGGGAAUCGGAUGUGCUAGAAGUGGAUACCCAGGCGUUUUCAUGAGAGUGACGUCAUUCCUGCCCUGGAUCAAGAUGAACAGAUUGAACACGCAAUGGUAA